AUGUACUACGGUCCCUUCUUGACGACACGGCGUGCAAUACCGCCGGUGACGCGGAGUGUGGGGUGAACUACGGGGCGACGCUGCUUUCAGUGUGGUCGUUUGCCCGUGCGCUGGACCCCGCCGUGCCGGUACUGUUCCCUCCCAUGACGCCGUCGAUGAAGUACGUGGAGCCCGUCGCGGGCGGCCUCACAACGCUGCAGCUGCUCGGCAUCAUCGUCGGCUGCGUCGCUGUGCUUUUGCUUCUUCUUGCUCUGCUCCUGGUGUUGCUGUACCGCCGCCGAGAGUCCCGUAAAAACGCGAAUGCGCCGAAGGAGCCGACGGACCCCGUGACGCUCGUGUUCACCGACAUCGAGAGCAGCACGGCGCUGUGGGCUGCGUGCCCCGAGUUGAUGCCCGACGCCGUGGCGACGCACCACCGGCUGAUCCGCGCGUUGAUCGCGAAGUACCGCUGCUACGAGGUGAAGACGAUCGGCGACUCGUUCAUGAUUGCGUGCAAGAGCGUGUUCGCGGCGGUGCAGCUGGUGCGGGAGCUGCAGCAGGUGUUCCUGCAGCACGACUGGGGGACGGGCGCGCUCGACGAGGCGUACCGCAAGUUCGAGGAGGGACGGGCGGAGGAGGACGCGGAUUACGUGCCGCCGACGGCGCGCCUGGACGCCGCUGUGUACCAGCAGCACUGGAACGGCCUGCGGGUGCGUUCCGGGGUGCACACCGGGCUGUGCGAAAUUCAGCACGACAAGGUGACGAAGCGGUACGACUACUACGGCAACACAACGAACAUGACAGCGCGCACCGAGAGCGUCGCGAACGGCGGGCAGGUGCUGCUGACGCUGGCGACGUACAUGGCGCUGAGCACGACUGAGCGGGAGCAGGUGGAAGUGAGUGCGCUGGGCGCGGUGGCGCUGCGCGGUGUGCCGGAGCCGGUGGAGAUGUACCAGCUGGACGCGGUGCCCGGACGCACCUUCGCCGCGCUGCGCCUUGACCGUGAGAUGGCGGAGCUGGACGAAAGCAGCGAUGCCGCAAGCGCCAGUGAGGCUUCGGCGUCCAGUGCGCGGAGUGGCCUCUCGCAGACCAUCGCGUCUGUGUUGGCCGUGCUGUUCGGCACCUUUGCUGCCCCGCAGCGGACGAAGGCGCUGAUGCCGCUCUGUGAGCGCUGGAAUGUUCGUGCGCCACGCAGGGGCGGCGCCGCGCGUGACGAGGAAUCGUGUCGCGUGAUGAUGGAGCGGCUGGCGGCGAAGAUGUCUAACGUGAUGGAGCGGAAGGGUCUAUUGGGCAGUGACAGGCUGUUCUCAGUCACGGUGGGUUCAGCUGCUCUUGGCAUAAACGACACCGGCUCUUUUGUGCGGACUAAGGGCGCGCGACCCGGCAGCUCAGUCCGCUUUUUGGAGACGAGGUCGCACAGGGGUUCUUCUGCGGCGGCCCUUUCCGCAGCUUCGGAUGAGCUCUGCCUUGGGAAGUCUGACCCGGCCGACAAAGUGCAUCCCCCGCAGGAGCUGUAG